UGUACCCAGAGACUCUCCGUGCUUCUUCUUCUACUACUUUUUCUUUUCUCAGCUUUUUCCUGUUUAUUUUCUUUUCUUGUUUUGAGUUGCCUGUUUGGGUAGAGAGAAAGUUUUUGAGUACCGAAGAAGCUGAGAAAGUUACAAUGGCGGUUUCAAACAACUGGGCUUUCGCUUCUUUAGCUCUUCUGUUUUUGCUUCUUGUUGCCGCAAUGGCUACUGUACGGACCGGCAACGUUUCCAGCAAUGUGGAAACAGAGAAGGUGCAGAGCUCAAAGAACUCCACAAUGGCAGCUAGGUCAGAGGAGGUCGAGCCACUUAACGAGCAUGCCGUUCCUGACCCAGAGGCUGUAGCAGCCGAGGUGGAAUCCAUCAUUGACAUGAACAUUCGCAAUGUGACUGAAAGAAGGAAGUUGGGGUUCUUCACAUGCGGAACAGGAAACCCCAUUGAUGAUUGCUGGCGUUGUGACCCAAACUGGCAGAAGAACCGGAAGAGACUUGCUGAUUGUGGCAUUGGUUUUGGAAGGAAUGCAAUUGGUGGGCGUGAUGGACGUUUCUAUGUUGUCACUGACCCUAAUGAUGAUGACCCUGUUAACCCCAAACCUGGUACCUUGCGUCAUGCUGUGAUCCAGGACGAGCCUCUUUGGAUUGUGUUCAAGAGGGACAUGGUUAUUCGGUUGAAGCAGGAGCUGAUUAUGAACAGUUUUAAGACCAUUGAUGGUCGUGGGGUGAAUGUCCAUAUUGCUAAUGGGGCAUGUAUCACCAUCCAGUAUGUUACCAAUGUGAUCAUUCAUGGUCUUCAUAUUCAUGACUGUAAGCCUACUGGCAAUGCUAUGGUGAGAAGCUCACCGUCUCACUUUGGGUGGAGGACAAUGGCUGAUGGCGAUGCAAUCUCCAUCUUCGGUUCAAGCCACAUUUGGGUUGAUCACAAUUCUCUCUCUAAUUGUGCUGAUGGUCUUGUUGAUGCUGUCAUGGGCUCAACUGCCAUUACCAUCUCCAACAACCACAUGACCCACCACAAUGAGGUGAUGUUGCUAGGGCACAGUGACUCCUACACAAGGGACAAGCAAAUGCAAGUGACCAUUGCCUACAACCAUUUCGGAGAGGGACUUAUCCAGAGAAUGCCAAGGUGUAGGCAUGGAUAUUUCCAUGUGGUGAACAAUGACUACACUCACUGGGAAAUGUAUGCUAUUGGUGGAAGUGCAAACCCCACCAUCAACAGCCAGGGUAACAGAUAUGCAGCUCCAACCAACCCAUUUGCAAAGGAGGUUACCAAGAGAGUGGAUACAGCUGAAGGGCAGUGGAAGAGCUGGAAUUGGAGGUCAGAAGGAGACUUGUUACUGAACGGUGCCUACUUCACACCAUCUGGAGCUGGAGCCUCAGCCAGCUAUGCCAGGGCCUCAAGCUUGGGAGCCAAGUCCUCUUCCAUGGUUGGAGCCAUGACUUCCAAUGCUGGUGCUCUUCCUUGCCGCAGAGGCAAGCAAUGCUAGUAUUAUCCAUCUUUCCCCCAAUCAAUUAAAUUGGCUGAAAAUCAGCCUUUUUACAAUCUGUUUGAUUUUCCCCCUUUUUCCAUGAUUCUUAAAAAAAAAAAUUUAAAGCACUACCUACCCCAAUCAAAUAUCCAUUUAUACUAUAUAUCCCCUGUUUGUUUUCCACCCCAUCUACCUCAACCUGCUUCAUCACAUAUUUUGACGAAGUGUACAAAUUUACACAUUGUCAUUAUAUUUGUCUUGUCCUGCCAACUCACUCAUCCUGUUUGUCAAUUUGUUUUAUUUUCUCAACCUCGGCCUGCUUCAGCUUGAACUCAAGUAACCCAAACCAAAAGGAAGUAUAUGUGUGCUAGGAGCAGGUGCGGAAGCGUUGUCCCCUUUUCCCCCCCCUUAUGAAGUAUUUUACUGGGUCAUUGUUCAGUUUCCCUCUCUAAAACCAUCAUUUGGUUUCGACAUGCUCUUUGGUCCUUUGGGUCUUUAUAGGUUCGAAUGAUUUUGUGAUUUUUUUUCCUUUUAAAAAAAUUGUGUCUAGAUUACAAGCAAAAGUGUCUGAAUGUCAAACUUCCAAGUUAUUGAAAGACUUUGUUACAGAUGAUGAAAUAUGAUGAUGCAUUAUAGUCAAAUAGCAUUGAUGUUUCUUUUA